GCGCUGGGCCCGGUUCUUCCCCCGGUUCUUCCCCCGGUUCGUCCCCGGGUUCCUCGGGGCCUGCGGCGGAUUACUCGAUGCUGGUGGUGGUGGGAGCGCUGCGGUCCCCCGGGAUGCUGGAGCGGCUGCUGCGGCAGAUCGACUCGGGUGUGAGGUGCUGGUGUGUAGAUCUGGACGUGUCCGUUGUGGAUCAGCAGUUGAAACUCUUUGUGUCCAGACACUCGGCCUUCAUGUCACAACACGUCCCAGGUCAGAGGACGCUGCGUCACCGGGGAGACGUCCUGGACAUUCAGGUCGUGGUGAAUCCAGUCCGGGACUUCGUCCUCUCUGAGGUCCGACGGCUGAUCUGUGACCCGUCUGGACACAAGCUGCUGGUGCUGGUCGGUCAGACGGUGGAGCAGAGCGGGGACAUCGUGCUGCAGAGAGGACGCUUCUCUCUGCACGACCUCGUCCACAUCUGCACUGAGGACGAGGUUACAGAAUUGUUAACCUCGUCAGACGCAGCCGUGAAGGCCAGUCUCACGCUCUGCUGUCCAAACCAAGGUCUGUGGACGGAGUCUCUGUCAGAGAAACACGACCUUCAAGGCUUCAUGAACAUCCAGGUCAACCCCCCCCUCGUGCUCCCUCAGAUGGAGGGUCUGCAGGAGUUCACAGAGUAUCUCUCGGAGUCGCUGGAGCCCGAGUCGCCCUUUGACCUCCUGGAGCCGCCGUGCACCGUCGGCUUCCUGAAACUCUCGCGACCCUGCUGCUACAUCUUCCCUGGUGGGAGGGGGGACUCCGCCUUCUUUGCCAUCAAUGGUUUUAAUGUUCUGGUGAAUGGCGGCUCGGACCCCCGCUCCUGCUUCUGGAAACUGGUUCGACACCUGGACAGAAUCGACUCCGUGCUCCUGACCCACAUCGGUGUCGACAAUCUCCCCGGACUCAACAGUCUCCUGCUGAGGAAAGUGGCCGAGCAGGUGAACGAGUCUCACACUGAAGAGGACUGGAUACAAAAUCUCAUCUCUCCUGAGAUCGGUGUGGUUUUCCUCAACGUUCCUGACAGAGUCCAGUCGAUUCAGGAGGAUCCCAGUGAGCUGCGCAGCUGUGACCAGGUGGCACUCACGUGUCAGUACUUGCAGAGAUUGGCGAUCAAACCUGAACCUCUCGGCCGGUUUAAUGGUCCCAUUAUAGAACCAGUCAUUUUGUUUCAGAAGAUGGGAGUGGGCCGUUUGGAGCUCUACACUCUGAAUCCUGUCAAUGGAAGCAAAGAACUUGAAGCUCUAAUGCAGAUUUGGCCGAACAGUGGAUCGAAUGGAAAGAGCUCAAAUCUUCCUCUAACGUCCGUCGCUUCCAUCUGUGCUCUGCUGGUGUGGCAUCCAUCCAGUCCUCAGGAGAAGAUCAUCCGUGUCCUGUUCCCAGGGUGCACGCCACAGAACAAAAUCCUGGAUGGACUCGAAAAACUCAAACAUCUGGAUUUCCUCAAACAUCCAACAGUGUGUUCCAAAGAUCUCGACACACUCAAAACUGAAAAACAACCAAAGAGAGCAGAGAGUCGUGAAAGCCUUAAGUCCAGUUCUAAAGAUGUCCGACCCAGUAGUGCCUUACAGAAAGACAAGCUUGAACGAGUAGAGGUAAAAAAACAUGAGGUUAAAAUGAAGCCGAAGGCAGCAGGGGACCCUGCUCACAAAGACAAGAUGGAGGGAGAAGAAAAAACCAAAGUAAAGGAUGGAAAUGUCAAAUUAAAGCCACUGAAAACUGCUGAGAAGUUUGCUCCCAAGAAAGAUGUGGUGUUAAAAGAGGAGAAAAGGGACGGAAAAAGGAAGGAAAGUCCGAGUUUCAAACCAAAGAAAGACAUUAGACCUGAACCAAAGAAAGACAGACAGAGGGGCGUAAAGACAGAGGAGAAGACAAUUUCAAGACUAGUUGCUAAAGAUGCAAAAAAAGCCGGAAGUGGAGCUUUAUCCACUGAACCAAAAAAACCUCCAGGUAAGACUCAGAAGAAAGACGUGUCCAUUCCAAAGAAAGACACGUCGAACAAAGGGACGAAGAGAGAGGCUGAUCGCUCCAAGGUGUCCACGCCUGAGAACGUGACUGCUGAGUUUCAAAGACUUCAACUGGAAGAUGACAAUGCAAACAUCGGAUUGAAGAACGUGAGUCAGACGUCCACUGUCGAGAGUCCCGAAAUGUUUCGCUGUCCGGAGAUAGACGAGGAAAUGUCUCUUGUCAAAACACCAAAGAGUGAUCUGGGUGUAAACCUUGAUAUCACCUUGUCUGCGCUCCGUCCGUCCCCUGAAGAAGAUGCUCGGUGUGGGGGGGAGCUCAGCGGCCUUGUGGCGACAGAGUCCAGUCCUGACUUCAGUUCUUGUCGGACAUCAGACUCCCUGAGGGACGUUCUGGAAACCUCCAGCCUCCUGACCCUCAGUCCUUUCAGGGACGUGAUGCCAGACUCGUCUCCUACGAUGAUGUCCGUGCCACCUACUACUGCGUCCCCCAAAGGAUCCAUGGGAGACAGAGUAGACGCCAAUGGACAUGUCAAUGACUUGGACUCCAACACAGGGAUGAGAUCGUCCCAUCAUGGAAAUGGAUCAGAGGAGAGCAUUCACAGGAUUUGCGACCUCACCUCAGAUGUCCCACAUGAUGUAGAUCUGUGUCUGGUUUCACCUUGUGAGUUUCAUCAUCCCAGGAGCCCAGAGAACAAUGACUCUCAGGACCAGGACCGCAGCCAGGAGACUCCUCCCACAUCAACCAGCGACUCUCCGCUGACCAUCACAGAUUGUGCCCCCCCCCCCGGCACAGAGGGCUGUCCGUCCAUCACCGCAGAUGUCGACUCUGAUGACGAUGCCGGUGACCAUUUUCCUUCCAGUCAUCCUCGGGAUCAACACAGUCUGCAGGACAUCCACCAGGAGGCACGACCUUCCUCCCAUGACCUGCCACCAGCCCCAAUCAAAGAUCUGCCACCAUUACCCCCCCAGCCUGGAGCCUGCAUGUCAGACGCACAGGCCGAUGCCUCCAACAAGAGUAUGAAGAGUUCAGCUGCGAAGAACAAGAAACCAUCAGGUUUGACCCAGAGGCUAACAUCUGGAGGAACCACAGCCCAGAACGGAAAGUUCAAGGUGGGCAGCUCCUCGGGCUCGUUGAAGAUGAUGACCAGCCUUGACGCAAAGUCAUCAUCGAGAAGUUCACUUGGUGGAUCAAGAAUUGGAAAUUUAAAACCUCCAUCGUCAGCUCCGAGAGUCUCUGAGGGUUCUGAGGGUUCUGCGAUCUACGUGGACCUGGCUUACCUCCCGUCCGGCGGCGCCUCCUCCACCGUGGACGUGGAGUUGUUCAAACGCAUUCGCUCCUCGUAUUACAUCAUCAGCGGAGACGAUCCUCUGAAGGAGGCGGCCAUGAGAAGAAUCCUGGACUCGCUGCUGGAGGGGAAGAGCAGCUGGCCCGAGGUCCAGGUGACUCUGAUCCCAACAUUUGAUUCGCUGGCGAUGCACGAAUGGUACCAGGAAACUCACGACCGGCAGAGGGAGCUGUCAAUCACCGUGCUGGGCAGCAACAGCACCGUAGCGAUGCAGGAGGAGACUUUCCCCGCCUGCAAGGUGGAGUUCUGAGCCCCCCCCCCCCCCCCCCCAGGCAGACAAUG